AGCAGAAAACCAGGAAGUCCCUCCUACUCAGUUCAGAGAAAACGAAACUGAUCUCAGAGAGCUGCUCUCUCUCAGACUAGAAGGGCAGGAAAAUGGCCAGUAUUUCAGUAGAUCAUGACCAGUUCAGCUGUCCAGUCUGUCUGGAUCUGCUGAAGGAUCCAGUGUCUCUUCCUUGUGGACACAGUUACUGUAAGGUGUGUAUUAAUGGCUGCUGGGAUCAGGAGGAUCAGAGGGGGGUCUACAGCUGCCCCCAGUGCAGAGAGACCUUCACUCCAAGGCCUGUUCUACGCAGAAACAACGUAAUGGCUGAAGUGGUGGAGAAACUGAAGGAGACAGAACUCCGAGCUGCUUCUCCUGCUCCCCGUUACGCUGGACCUGGAGAUGUGGAGUGUGAUUUCUGCACUGGGAGAAAACUCAAAGCCAUCAAGUCCUGUCUGACGUGUCUGGCCUCCUUUUGUGAAACUCAUCUUAAACCUCACUGUGAAGUUCCUGCAUUGAAGAAGCACAAGCUGGUCAAAGCCUCCUCACAGCUACAGGAGAAGAUCUGCUCUCAGCACGACAGACUGAUCGAGAUCUACUGUCGUACUGACCAAAGCUGCAUCUGCUAUUUAUGUACAAUGGCAGAGCACAAAGGUCACGAUACAGUCCCAGCUGUGACAGAGAGAACCGAGAAACAGAAUCAGCUGAAGGAGAUUCAGAGUAAAUUCCAGCAGAGAAUCCAGGAGAAGCAGAAGAAGCAGCAGGAGCUGAAACAGACUGUGAAGACUCUUAAGCGCUGUGCUCAGUCAGCAGUGGAGGACAGUGAGAGGAUCUUUACUGAACUGAUCCGCUCCAUUGAGAAAAAGCGCUCUGAGGUAACAGAGCUGAUCAGAGCUCAGGAGGAGGCUGAACUGAGUGGAGCUGAAGAACUCCUGGAGAAACUGGAGCAGGAGAUCGCUGAUCUAAAGAGGAGACACACUGAGCUGGAGCAGCUUUCACACACAGAGGAUCACAUCCAUUUCCUCCAGAGUUUCCAGUCUCUCUGUGUCUCUUCUGGAUCUGAGGACUCACCCAGCAUCACUGUCCAUCAGCACCUCUCAUUUGAUGGAGUGAGGAGAUCUCUCUCUGAGCUGAAGGAGCGACUAGAGGAGUUCUGCAGAGAGGAGUUCAGUAAAAUCCCUCCACAUGCUGCAGCAGUUCAGAUUUUAUCCUCAGAACCAAAAACCAGAGAAGAUUUUCUGCAGUAUUUCUGUCAGCUGACUCUGGAUCCCAACACAGCGUAUCGUCACCUCAUUCUGUCUGAGAAGAACAGAGUGGUGACGUACAGUGAUGAAGCCCAGUCAUACUCUGACCAUCCAGAGAGAUUUAACUGCUUCUAUCAGGUGUUGUGUAAGGAGAGUGUGAGUGGACGCUGUUACUGGGAGGUUGAGUGGAGCAGUGAGAGAGGAACUGUGUACAUAUCAGUCUCAUAUAAAGGGAUCAGCAGGAAAGGUUGGGGUGAUGAUUGUGGGUUUGGAAACAACAGUCAGUCCUGGAGUCUGCGGUGUUCUUCCUCUUUCAUUUUCCUGCACAACAACAUUCAGACUGAGAUCUCAGGACCAUCAUCCUCCAGAAUAGGAGUGUAUGUGGAUCACAGUGCAGGAACUCUGUCCUUCUACAGCGUCUCUGACACAAUGACCCUCCUACACACAGUCCACACCACAUUCACUCAGCCGCUCUACGCUGGGUUUGGAGUUUAUGGUGUUGGAUCAUCUGUGAGAUUAUGUGAUAAAUAAUGAUUUAUCUAUUAAAUAUGAUUGUUACUUUAUAGAUACACUCAAAAUAUUAUUUACACUGUUUGUUUAAUGAACUGUGUUAUUUUUUUAGACUGAUAGAAUCUUUAAUAAUCCUGGAGAAAAUUGCCGACUCAUCACAAAUACAGUUCUGUCCAAAAAACAAAGCUGUACAAUUCAUGUAGACUACCAGUCAAAAGUUUGGACACACUGAACUGCAUAUUCAUUUUUUAUCAUUUUAAACACAUUUUUAUCUCAUGUUCCAAUUCAAAUUCAGUUUGUUUGAAGACAAAUAUAAACAGUGAAUUUAAGUGACUGAAUCUGUACCAACAAGUGGUUUUCAGCAACAAGGUCUCAGCUUGUGAGUCUCUUCAGUCCUGUUGGAAAAGCGUCUCAGGCGGCUCCUCAUGAAGCUGCUGGAGAGAAAGAUCCAGAGUGGGUUAAACUGCAUCAAGGUAAAGGGGGGCUACUUUCUAAAAGA